AUGGCUAACCUUUCAUGGAACGUUGUAGAAGCUACCAAAUCACUCUCUCCCUCUCUGAUAAGCCUUAGGUUUCAACCAAGCACCGCCGUUGUUUUAUCGGCGCCGGUCAGUCACGUCGGAUUUAUCAAGCGGUGCGGUUUGAUUAAGCAGAGAAGAACCGCCCGGUCCGGGACGAUGGCUAUGGCGGUUGCUCCUCUCGAAAUCUGCGUCAAAACUUCCAUCACUACACCCAACAAGCUCGGAGACUGCCCUUUUUGCCAAAGGGAGUUGUUGACUAUGGAGGAGAAGCAUGUGCCUUAUGACAUGAAAAUGGUGGAUUUGAGUAACAAGCCUGAGUGGUUCUUGAAAAUUAGUGCAGAAGGAAAAGUCCCAGUGGUGAAGUUUGAUGAGAAAUGGGUUCCGGAUUCUGAUGUCAUAACACAGACUUUGGAAGACAAGUACCCUGAGCCUCCUCUAGCAACCCCACCCGAAAAGGCUUCAGUUGGGUCAAAGAUCUUCUCCACGUUUAUCGGUUUGAUGUUGCUCGAAGACUACAAAGCAAGAGGAACUCAAGCGGCUCCUUACCUGACUAGCACCUUCUACAUCGAGCUUUCAGAGACAAAAGACUUGGUGUUUAUCCGAGGUGAUGUUGUGUUCAUAAGCAAACUCACUGACGAGGAGGCGAAAUGGAUCAUGGAGACCGCUCAGUCGUUUUACUUGAACGACACUCGGUAUAAGCUGCUCGAGAGGUAA